UGAUUAAUCUAAUCUUCAAGAGGCUUUCACACACACACACACACACACACACACACACACACACACACACACACACAAAGAGAGAGAGAGCUCUGUUAAGGAGAUGGCCAUCCCCAGCAUGAAAGCUGCCUUUGUAUGUAGCCCCAGGCAGCUUGCAAGCCAGUUGUUAGGUAUAUUCAAAAAAUGAAUUCUUUACAUGCCAGGAUCAGCAAUCAAGGGGAAACUGCUUUGCUCGUCCCCUUGAACCUCUGGCUGCUAUUUUCUGACCCUUCUUACGCGAUGAGUAAAUGGGAGUGCAAGGAGCUUCAUAACAUCACUCUCUGCAAGACCGAAGACCAGAGGCAUCUCUCUGGAAAAAGUGCCCUGGACUUUUUGAACCUGGCAGAAUAAGACAGUUCCAUCAAUAGAGCUGGUUGUUCUGGCUUUCUCACUCGUCCACAUGCAACAAAAGCCUGGAGGGAAAUUCAAACUGUUGCAGGGGAAGAAGUGAACUACUAAAAUCAUGGGUGCAGCUCAAGGGAAAAAGAAAGAAUACUCUCCUCGGUCCAACUAUUGCCAGAAAAAUAGAAAGCAUGUUAGCAGUAACCCAGCAUCUAUGUAUUCAGACAUACAAUCAGAGCGGCCUGAUAUUGGGAAUAUCAUGACUCAUCCUGAUUAUCUUGAUGGGAACCCGGAUCUGAUCAAACCUAAAAAGCUGCUCAAUCCUGUAAGAGCCUCAAAAAGCCACCAAGAACUUCAUCGGGAACUACUUAUGAAUCACAGAAGAGGAGUUGAGAGUAAACCAGAACUGCAAAGAGUCUUGGAACAUCGCCGACGAAACCAGCUGUUGAAACAGAGGAAAGAAGAAGAAGAGGCAAAGAAAUUAAAAUCUCCAUUUGAACAGGAGCUCUUGAAAAGGCAACAGAAGCUUGAUGAGCUGGAAAGGGAAGAUGAGAAGCAAGAAGAGAGUGCGCCAGAAUUUAUUAAAGUCAAAGAAAACCUGAGGAGAACAUCUACGCUACCUGGGGCAGAGUAAAGCAUCAGCUAAAGACCAAAAUAGAUCAAGACCUUCUGCUUUGAAUACCUACAUGCUGACAUUUUGGUAAACAGUGGACAUUCAAAGUUUUGUUCUCGGGGGGCUACUUACUGUACAUUAACGCUUGCUCCAAUAAAAAAAAAAAUGAUUGGGGCAUUUUCACCUGGGAAAAGAAGAACAUCCAAAUAAGGUGGCUUUUCGUUCACAAGGGUCCUCAAUUGAGAAAAAGACAGGGAAGGUAAUACAGACCUCACCUUCCUUUCAAGUACUGAGAUAAUACUACAUGUAUUAUCCUUUCCCAUCACUAACCCUUGGCUAAUCCUUUGAGAUUCAGCAGGACAGGCGCACGUGUGGAAUGGGAGAGGUUGUGUGAAGAGAGAUUGCUAAACAUUUGGGAUUCAGAUGUUUAUACGGCAGAGCUGGUAUUGAAAUCUUCAGUUUAGCUAAAUUAAUGCUUGAGGGAGCAAGUUGGGAAACUAAAAAAGAUGGCAAAAAAGAGAAGUUAUGAUCAAUAAGGAAAGUACUAGCUAAGAUUUAGAGCACCUCAACCUAGGCUGGCAUCUUAGGUGCUGUAUCCCAUCAACAAUAACCAGUAAAAAUAUGUGUGUUUCUUUGUUAUUGGGAUUUAGCAGGCAUGAAAUGAUGUUUUAAGAUUCUUGUCACAAAUCAACAUCCAUGAUAGUUGUAUAGUCAAGUUUACUAUGACAAAUAGAUUCGGAGUUAUUUCCAAAUAGUGGAAUAUAGUCCACCAGUCUUUCAGCAUCUACUACUGGUGUCCAGAAUGAGAAGCAGAAAUAAAAUAAGAUACUUUAUGGAAAGGAUCCUUAACAGCUGCAGAAAAAGUAGCAGAAGGUGGAAUCCUCUGAAUGUGUAAAAAACCAACUACGAGAGUGACACAAAAAGCAGACAUCUAUGUGUAUGUCUCAGAAAAAGCAAGUGACAAAUCCACAAAAAAAAAGGGAAACAGCAAAGAAUUCUAAGGAGAAAGUCAAAGAACAAUACCAGAUGUAAGGUCUUCUGAAUUUUUGCACAAAUAUAACACAUUAAACUAAGAUUCUUUUUUAAAAAUAUAUAAUAAAAUUGAAGGUUAUUUAUAGAUUAUAGCUACAUGAAGUCUACACCUCUAAGGUGCCCUUUCCUGUUUUUAAAAUCCUGAAUGUGCUUAUUAUACAGAUAUUUACUAUAAUACAGACUGUUUUAGAUGGAUUUUAAAAUAUAUGAUAACAGGAAGGCAAAAAGGUAAAUUGCCAACCCCUCUUCAGCUCUGCUUUCUGGAGAUGGAGUCAAGAAUAGGCCACAUGUCUAUCCAAAGGAGGACCAUUCAUUUUUGGUUUUCAGAAGGAUAGCUGUGAUUUUUACACCAAAUACAAGAGACUUCUUCUAAAGACUACUUAAAAUUCGUUGUUAUUCGUUUAUUAUUCAUUUAGUCUUGAACCGAAGAUAAACAUAACCAAAAGCCGCAAUAGUUUUUUUUUUUCUUAGUUUCACAAUUUAUAUUACAAAUUAUGGUCCGCUUUCCUGGUAGGAUGGACCCUCUGAGAUGCAGAAGACCACCAGGGAAGGACCAGCCAAAAUAAUACAUAACACGUAUUAUCUAUAUGUAUCAUCUAGAACUCAUAUAUGAAUUGAUUGUAACCACAGAUUUUGGGAUGGGGGGGGAAGCUUAUUAAUAAAGAGCCGUUGUAUA